AUGGGGGAUCCUUCCGGAGUGGUAAACCAGAAUGAUAAGAUCAGCAAAGUUGAGGAGUCUGCGGUGCGGGGGGAGGUGCACCGGCGACUGCUGUGUGAGCUGCUGCUGGACUUUGCGCGCAACUCCACGCUGCACGGCCCGCGGUACCUCACCGCGAGGGGGCUCCACGUCAUUGAGAGAAUAUUUUGGGGUGUCACAUUCGUUACAAUUUAUUUAUUUCAGAUUCCUUUCCCAGCGGUGACCAUCUGCCAGCGGACAAAAGUAAACCAAUACAAAUUCAAUUACACCAAACAUUAUAUUUCCUUCAAAAAAUAUAUGCGUGAACUAAAAAGUAACUAUAGUGGAGAAGAAUUAAAAAACAGAGAACAAGUGUAUGUAUAUAAAACCAUUAAAAAUAUAGCAGCGUCAUUUGAAAUGUUCAACGGGACAUGGGAGAACACUUCGAUUGGACGUCGUUUCCAUGAAGCCUUUGCCCCAGUUCUGAUGAAAGAAGGCAUUUGCUUCACCUUUAACACCCUGGCAAGUGACGAAAUAUUUCACAUGCAUCGAAAGGUGUACCUCCAUCAUCCGGCGGACUUGCCGCAGUCUUCGCGCAGCUACUACACGGUGCAGGAUAGCAAUGUCGUCCAUUUCUCCAUCAAAGUUAACCUUGUGACAACCUCUGAUACACUGAUUAACUACGCACCACACAUCCGCCAAUGUUACUUUCCUUCCGAGAGGACGUUGCACUUCUUUAAAAUGUACACCCAGAAGAACUGCCGGCUCGAAUGCCUUACCAACUACACCCUUAAGAGCUGCGGCUGCGUCCCGCACUACAUGCCGCGUAAGCUAUUUAUUAUUGACUACUCAACUGCGGACGACGGGUUCGGUAACAUCAACGACACCCGCUGCCAGUGCCUGCCACUCUGCCACAGUGUGCAAUACGAAGCUGAGGUCGCAAGGACAAGAGUUCUAAAUCAAUUUCAUUUACUUAAAAUUAGUUCUAAUGAAUUUUACACACACACGCACGCACGCACGCGUGCACGCACGCACGCACGCAUACACGCACGCAUGCACGCACGCAUACAUUUUACAGCGGUUUACCUUACAAGACGCAGCGGUUUACCUUACAGGUUCGCCCAAAUAUCGAUGAAUUACAAGGAAUCGCAUUUCACGUCGCUGCGUCGCUCGGAGCUGUUCGGCGCGACGGACUUCUUGGCCAACUGCGGCGGGCUGCUGGGGCUGUUCCUCGGGUUCUCUUUUCUCAGCCUCGUUGAAAUCUUCUACUUUUUCACGCUCAGGUGAAUUAUCUUCAUAGCUGACAUAUUGAAUGACGGUAAGAUGCGUGAAGGCAACAGAAUCCGUCUAGUGAACUUUGAACCGACUUGAAUAGAAUUGAAUAGAGGAAAUAAAAUCAUUUU